AUGUCAUCUGGGCUAGCCUAUCGCCUGGAGGAGCCGGGCAUGAACGUCCUCAAUCUCUACUCGGUCCCGAGGGCGCCUUUCCGACGCGCAGUGAAACGUUAUCGAAAAGAAAUCCUCGAGCAUCAACAAGCCCAACGGCAAGAGCAGCCAUGCUACCAGCCGCUCGCUUCAUCUUCUCUCCGGAAGCAGAAGCAGCAGCAAGAGUCAUCAUGGAUCCUCCUACCGCUAGAGAUCAUCCGAAUGAUCCUUCUCGACCUAGACAUGCUGGCCCUCAGCCAUCUUCGGUCCGUCAACAAGACCACCAAACAGAUAAUCGACUCCCUGCCAGAAUACCACCUUCUCCAAACGCAUGCAGCCGACACCCUACGACUACUGGAUCUCACCCAGUGCACCCACCAUUUUUCGCUGGGGCAGCUCUACCGGGAACUCCGUCACCCGCGGUGCCACACCUGCGGCGACUUCGGCCCCUUCCUCUACAUCCCGACCUGCUCCCGCUCGUGCUUCGCCUGCAACCGCACCCACCGGCAGUACUGCAUAGCACCGAUCGAGGCCGUGUUCCAGUGGUACGGCCUCUCGCUCGACAACGAUUGGCACCGUCUUCCCGUCAUCCGGACCCUUGAUUUCAACGGGUGGGCCUACCAGGAGAAGAUGCUGGUCAGCAUGGCCCAGGCCAAAGCCUUGGCCCUGCAGCUGAAUACCCCCCGGUGCGACGCUGGCGAGCCCGCCCAAGGCGCGGGAAGAUUGCGCGGAGGUUUGGGAGGCCUGUCGGCAUGA